CUUAUCGAUCUCUAAUGGGUCUCAUUUUCUUCGCUGUUUCUUCAUGGGUACAAUUUCAUCUUCAACCAUUACGUCAGGGGCUUCUAAGUUUACUAAUGUUUGGGGCGCAAUGUUUCCCCGAGUUCUUAACCGAUUCUCCUACCGGGUCUCUAGUUGGGCUUGAGCCACCUUUUUGCUAUUCACUUCAUAGGGUUGGUACCUAUUCUCUCCUAAGGUAUAGACCUCAUCUUCCUAACCAUCGUUAUCGACGAUAUAUGGCCAACUUCGCCGCAAUUAUAACACGUAAUCCCCUUCUCGGUUCACAGCGUUUUUCUGAACUUCCUUCACUUUUCCACUUAUUUUCUCCUCAGGAUUCUUUGG